AAAAAAGAAAUUUGCCUGCCUCUGCCUCUGCCCCCCGAGUACUGGGACUAAAGGUGUUUGCUGCCAUGCCUGGCCCUGGUCAUGGACCUUUGACCAGGUUUACAUUAUCAGGCAUGAGUUUUCUCUUGUGGGGAAAACCUCAUAUUCAGUCAGAAAACUGGUUGGUUACCCCCAUAACCUUCAUGCCGCUAUUACACUGGUAGGCACAUCUUGCCUGGCAGGUUGUUAACAUUAUGCUGACUUCACCAUUGGGUAAUACCAUUGAUGGCUUUUCUUCCCCAGCAACCUGCAUAGCACCUUCCAGCACUAUGAGAGCUGGCCAGCAGGGAGGAAGAUUCCUGAGUCCUUUCUGUUGUCAUCAGUCUUCUGGGAGUGUGAAUAUGUUGAAAGAGCAUCCAGAGAUGGCUGGAGAGCCUCAGCAGCACAUGGGAGUUCCAGUGGUAAAACUGGAGAAGGAAUUGCCCUGGGCCAGGGCAAGGGAAGAUUCUAGUCCAGAGACUUUCCGUCUGAGGUUUCGCCAGUUCCGCUACCAGGAGGCUGCAGGUCCCCAGGAAGCCCUCAGGGAGCUCCAAGAGCUUUGUCGUCGGUGGCUGAGGCCUGAGCUGCACACCAAGGAGCAGAUCCUGGAACUGCUGGUGUUGGAGCAGUUCCUGACCAUUCUGCCCCGAGAGUUCUAUGCCUGGAUCCGGGAACACAGCCCAGAGAGCGGCAAGGCCUUGGUGGCCAUGGUGGAGGGCCUGACUGGGAGCACACUGGAGGCCAAGGCGGUGGGUUCCAUGCCAUGCUCAGGGAGAACAGCAGGAGACAGACCUUGGCGGAGGCUCUUGGCAGUCAGGUGUUCACCUGGGACCUGUGGAAGUCAAACCGGAGUGGGCAAUGCCCCAUGGGGAAAGGGUUCAAGGCCUAGACCAAAACACAGAGGAGCAGCUGAGCCAGGGCCCUGGAGAUGGAACACAGGUCUUCCAGGAGCAAGCACUGCCCAUUCUUCAGGCGGGUCCAGGCCUCCCAUCAGUGAACACCAGAGACCAAGAGAUGACUGCUGGGUUCCUUGCAGCAACAUCCCAGGUGCUGGCAGCAAGGAGGAGGAGGCCAAACCCCAGCAGGAAGACCUUAAAAGGGCCUUUGUUGGGUUAACAUCUGAUGGAUUUGGAGAAGCUGCCAUCCAGGUUCCUGGGCCAGCAGGCACUUGUGUGCAGGAGCCUGGGGGCUCUGGGUCCAUUCUACCUGGGCAUCCGGCUCCCCAGCAGGGGAUCCAUCCCCUGCCGGAUGCCCUCAACACCCACAAUUCCUUCUGGAAGCCUUUCCAGUGUCCAGAGUGUGGGAAAGGCUUCAGUCGCAGCUCCAACCUGGUCAGGCACCAGCGAACCCACGAAGAGGAGAAGUCGUUCGGCUGUGUGGAGUGUGGGAAGGGUUUUACCUUGAGGGAGUACCUCACCAAGCAUCAGAGGACCCACCUGGGCAAGAGGCCCUACGUGUGUGGUGAGUGCUGGAAGACCUUCAGCCAGAGGCACCACCUGGAGGUCCACCAGCGCAGCCAUACAGGGGAGAAGCCCUACAAGUGUGUGGACUGCUGGAAGGGCUUCAGCCGCAGGCAGCACCUGCUGGUGCAUCGCAGGACCCACACCGGGGAGAAGCCUUACACCUGCGAGUGCGGCAAGAGCUUUAGCCGAAAUGCCAACCUGGCAGUGCACCGGCGUGCCCACACUGGGGAGAAGCCCUAUGGCUGCCAGGUGUGUGGCAAGCGGUUCAGCAAAGGGGAGAGGCUGGUGCGUCACCAGAGGAUCCACACCGGUGAGAAGCCCUACCACUGCCCAGCCUGUGGGCGGAGCUUCAACCAGCGUUCCAUCCUCAACCGGCACCAGAAGACCCAGCAUCGCCAGGAGCCCCCUGUGCAGUGAGUGCACCAUGGGGAGAGACAGCCCUGCCACGGGGUCACUUUGAUUGCACUGAGGGACUUGGGCAGUACCCAGUGAGGGACUGUAGAUAUCCUCAAACACAGGAUAAGGGCAGAGGCCUAUGUGGAGGGCUUCUGAAGGGGCCUUGCUGCCCACCCUCCCACCUAGGGGGUGCUGACAGUUAUAUCCCCCAAUACACAGUGAGGUUUUGGGACUCACCUCCUGAGCAAGUUUGGAGGUGAGGGCAGAGUUUUGUUACAUGUUGGUAGCUUGAAGCCAAUUUUUCUUUUCUUUUCUUUGAGACAGGGUAUCACGUAAUCCAGGCUGGUCCCAAACUUGCUAUAUAGCUGAGGAUGACCUGGAACUUCUGGUCCUUCUGUCUCCAUCUCCUGAGCACUGGGAUUACAGGAGAGGGCUAUCCAUGCCUGCUUUAUGUUAUGGAAAUGGAACCUAGGGCUUCAUGCAUGCUAAGUGGGGGCACUCUACCAACUGAGUUAACUUGCCCAGUCCUAAGCUCAUUUUUCUGAGGUUUCUGUCCUGCUUGUGAGAUCUUUAGCUCAGUCUCUCCCCCUCCCCACUUCUUUUCCACUUUACAAAUAUUUAUUCAAUACCAGUUGUGCUCCUGGCUCCAGGAAUACCACAGUGAUCAGGACAGGUGCGAUCUUGGAGCUUGUGAACACAGCAGGAACAGAACAAAUAUUCCAAAGCUUGUGUCAUCGUUGUAAGUGCUACGUUAGAACCUUGCUGCCCUCCUUGGCCGGCCUGCCUGUGUGGGAUCUCGCCACCUUCGCCUCAGCUGGGACUUCUCUCCUGCAGCUUGGUUUAUUUGCUUCCUUUAUAGCCCCGGUUGUCUUGGACUGGCAAACCCACCCUCAUCUGUACCCCACCCACCAUUGUUCCUCGCAUUGUAACCACAGCCAUUAGGAAAUUAAUAUUUUGCUACAGGUCACUGAAUAAACAUCAGAGUAUUUUAAGAAAAUAUUAACCUCUCUGAAAAUAUCUGAUAAUCUGAAUUGGAAAGAUAAACUAGUAUUAAUGCCUUAUGUUUGAUGGCAUUUUAGUUUAUAUCAUUCCCCCCUCCCCCCCGGCCUUAUAUCAC